AUGGCCCAGCCUCAAGAUCCCGAUUUCUCAGAGGACGAACUGUCCGAAAGCCCCUUGUCGUCGGAAAUUGACUCUGAUGUCGAACCAAGAAGAAAGAAGCCGGUGAUUGCGCCGCAGGAGAAGGACUCUGACGAGGAAGACUUGGAACGGCUGGUUUUCGGUAGCAAGGUCAGCUUUGGAGAGAGUCUCUUUCAGAACAAUGGGCUGUUUGGAACGUCAGAGGAAAAGGAGGGAAAAGAAUUGGAAUUGGCCGACGCGGACACGGGUGGACUGGAAGACGUCGACGAUGUCGAUCUGUUCAUGAUUGAUACCGCCCCGAGCGGCGCAGUCCCUCACGCACCGGCUGCUUCUGCUGCGAAGAAGUCAGAACAGGGCGAUCCGGCCGCCUGGGAGGACAGCGACGACGAACGACUAGGAAUCUCUCUUGCGAACCAUACACGACUACGAAAACUGCGACUAACCGAGGCCGAGGACAUUGUGAGCGGCACAGAGUACAGCAGAAGACUCCGACAGCGCUAUCUCCAGCUCCAUCCUGCCCCUGCGUGGGCCAAGGAGGCAGAGGGGCGCCCUACAAAGAGGCGGCGGCGCUCGUCCGCUUCCUCUGGCUCUUCGGAGGAGAGCGGCAACGAGUCCGGCGGCGAAGCGUCUGCCCAGCCUCUGGAAGAGUUCCUGCGAGAUGUCAAGAGCCUGUCUGGAGCGGGCGGCCCCAAGCAGCGACGACUCAGGCCGGAAAUCAUCGACAUCCAGAGGACGCGAGAAAUCUCGGACAAGCACCUUGCGCCCGUGGAGUGCCUGUCUUUCCACCCCGAGUUCCCUGUCCUGCUGUCGGCCAGCACUGCAUCGGUGCUGUAUCUACAUCACAUCGCCCCCGACGCCCACCCGGUGCCGAACCCCCGGUUAACAUCUGUGCAAGUCAAGGGCGUCGACAUUCGAAAAGCAGAGUUCCUGUACCCCGAAGGCGACAAGAUCUUCAUUGGUGGACGGAGGAAAUACUUUCACCACUGGGACCUCAAAUCCGGCGUCGUGCAGAAGACGGCGCAGAUUCUGGGCCACCGCCUGGAGCACAAGACGAUGGAGCGGUUCAAGCUGAGCCCCUGCGGAAGGUACAUGGCCAUUAUCGCAUCGACCCGCAAAGGUGGCGGCAUCGUCAACAUCCUCAGCGUCGGCUCACUGCAGUGGAUUGCCGCUGCUAGACUGUCCAGCAGAAACGGUAUCGCAGACUUUGCGUGGUGGAGCACCGGAAAUGGCAUGACCAUAUUGGGAAGAGACGGCCAAGUCGGCGAGUACAGCGUGGAGAGCAGAAGCUUCGUUGGCCUCUGGCGCGACGACGGUUGUAUCGGCGGCAUCGUCGUUGCCCUCGGUGGUCACCAGGGCCCUGAACUGAUUGGUGACGACCGCUGGGUGGCUGUCGGCUCCAACACGGGCAUCACCAACAUCUACGACCGAACAGGGCUUCUCACCCUAGAUGCCGACAAGAAUAUCAUCAUCAAGGAGACGCCAUCCCCUACACGUGUGUUUGAGCAGCUUGUCACGCCCAUCACCGUGCUCACAUUCUCCCCCGACGGCCAGCUCCUCGCGUUCGGCAGCAGGGCCCAGAAGGAUGCUCUAAGACUGGCGCACCUCCCGAGCUGCACAGUCUACAGGAAUUGGCCUACGGCACAGACGCCGCUGGGGAGAAUAACGACGGUGGCAUUCGGCAAGGAGAGCAGCUUGUUGGCGGUGGGUAAUGACACGGGUAAAAUUAGACUGUGGGAGAUUAGGAAUUAG